GUCACCGCUUCCUCCCGCUUUUGUGCACCGCCCCGCGCCCCCUCGCUCCCGCUGCUGAGCCGAGCGGAGCCGAGCGCAGCCGAUCGGAGCCGAGCGGUGCUGCCGCGGUUCUUCGGCAUGUCCCUCCGCGGGUAGCCGCGCUGCCGGACCGGGUGGAUACUUGAGAGCGGAGGAUCAGGUACAAGUGUCUGGGACCGGUGGAAUGGAGGCCUGAUGUAGCUGGAAAGAUGGAUGAAGAGGAAGCUCUGAACUCGAUUAUGAAGGAUUUGGCAGCGUUGGGCAAAUGUGGGGGGCUGCUGGACAACAACAGGAAUAAAAACAGUGUCCACUCCAGCAAACAGCAGCGAAAUGUCAGGAUCAAGUUCGAAUACGAAGGCGAGAAAAGGAUUAUCCAGUUUCCAAGACCAGUCAAAUUCAAAGAAGUGGUGCAGAAGGUCACAGAUGCUUUUGGACAGACGAUGGACUUAGUCUGUGUGAACAAUGAGCUCCUGAUCCCGCUGAAAUCCCAGGAAGACUUGGACAAAGCGGUGGAACAGUUGGAGCUGAGCCCUUCCUUGAAGAGCCUGCGGAUCCUUGUGAGCGCUCCAAAGAAAGCGAAUCUUCUGCAGCCAAACAACAGUAAACAGCACGAAAUGAGGAUCUCCAGAUCCAUGGGCGAUAUCAUGGGAUCCCUCUACAAAGACUCCGAGAGGACGCGGAAGUAUUCAACAGGCUCUCUGCACACUGGCCGGAGUUCGCCGCCACCGGGGAGUGUUCCUGAAGAGCAGCAGCAGAUUGCUCGCCAGGGGUCCUACACCAGCAUCAACAGCGAGGGCGAGUUCAUCCCUGAAACCAUGGAUCAGAACAUGCUUGAAGCUUUCAUCAGCCCAGAUGAGUCGCUGUCUGGGAGCUGCCAGUCGCUGGACAGAUCUGUGGACAGCCCUCCCUUUACCCAAACCCCUGUUCCUGGAAGGAAGAGCCACCCCAAAGACAGUCUUGAUUGCAUGGAUUUCGACAUCCCGUUCUGCGAGAGGUUUGGGAAAGGUGGCACCUUCCCAAGGCAGUACCACCUCUCCCAGAGUCGCAAGGACUACAGUGAUGGCCGGAGGACGUUCCCCAGGAGUUAUUUCCCACAGGAGAACCUGUUCCAGCUUGUCCCUUCCAGCCGAACCAAGAGCUUUAAUGGGGACAGUAAGCUCAGCACCUUGCAGUACGACGAGUACAGGCCCAAAUGGUGGAGCAAUUGUGAAAAAGGUCUGCAGGUCUUCAGCACCUCCCCUACGAAAGCCAGGAACUCCCUGCAGGCGCCUGUGAACUGGAGGCUGGGGAAGCUGCUCGGAAGAGGAGCUUUUGGGGAAGUUUAUCUCUGCUACGAUGCUGACACUGGCCGGGAGCUGUCGGUGAAGCAGGUGCCUUUCGACCCUGACAGUCAAGAGACGAGUAAAGAGGUGAAUGCCUUAGAAUGUGAGAUUCAGCUGUUGAAGACACUCCGUCACGACAGGAUAGUGCAAUACUAUGGGUGCUUGCGGGAUCCCGAGGAGAAGAAACUGUCCAUCUUUGUUGAAUACAUGCCAGGGGGCUCAAUAAAGGACCAGCUGAAGGCUUACGGUGCUCUGACCGAGAACGUCACGCGGAAGUACACCAGGCAGAUCCUGCAGGGAGUCUUCUACUUGCACAGCAAUAUGAUCGUCCACAGGGACAUUAAAGGUGCCAAUAUUUUGCGAGAUUCUGCUGGAAAUGUGAAACUCGGAGAUUUCGGGGCCAGCAAACGGAUCCAGACCAUCUGCAUGUCUGGGACUGGGAUUAAAUCUGUCACGGGAACACCGUACUGGAUGAGCCCAGAGGUUAUCAGUGGAGAAGGCUACGGAAGGAAAGCUGACGUGUGGAGCGUGGCCUGCACCGUGGUGGAAAUGCUAACGGAGAAGCCGCCGUGGGCAGAGUUCGAAGCCAUGGCGGCUAUUUUUAAAAUCGCCACCCAGCCCACCAACCCCCAGCUCCCCGACAGCGUCUCCAACUGCUGCCGCAACUUCCUCAAGCAGAUCUUCGUGGAGGAGAAGCGGCGGCCGACGGCCGAGGACCUGCUGAGACAUCCCUUCGUCAACUGCGGGCUCUGAGCCCCCGGCAGCGGGGAUGGGGAGACGCCGGCGGGAGGGGGGUGGCUGCCAAACCCGCGGCAUUUUGGGCUCUGCAGUUCAGACCUUCACCUUGGGCUGUCCUGGCGGUGGCCCCCGUGGGUCCCUUCUUGCUUGUCACCAGCUCGGCACCCGCCACCUUGUUGGAUUUCCAAGCUGCGCUGGGAAGUCAGAGCAAGAGAUUUCCCAGACUGUGCGGGUGCUGGUCUUGGACCAAGUAACCUUCUUGCCGCCAGCAGUUUUGGGGUUGUCCCCCAUUGCUGUGUUGCUUAUUGCGGUGAAUGGGACUUGUCCCCCACCAGCACAGCAGUGACACUGGCAGCAUCCCUGGGACUGGCGGAGGAAUAAGAUGCUCAGUGGCGAUCACCACCUUUCGCAGGGGAACAGACAGGGGCUUCAGCCAAGCCGGAGGAGAUGAUCCUCAGACCACGGAGUCGGGGGGACCUGGGUGUCCCCAUUCACGAGGAGACCGAACCCUCCUGGAGGUCGCGGGCGCAGCCCCUGUCUCCAGCGGGACGGCGUUUCACACUGUUCUGUGCCUUAAGCGGUUACAAUCAAGGAGUGAUGCUCGACUCGGCAUGAAGCAGCCGUGUUGACUUUGCCUUUGUGCGUGUGUGUGGGUGCGUGCGUGUGCGAAUCUUGGAAGAAGGGGUCUUCUCGGGGCGCAGGAGGUCUCUGGGGGGUGACACCCACAGACGGAUGCCCGGGACCUCUGCAGAGGCACGUCUAAAAGCCAUCAGUGCUUGUGGUGGGAUGAGUAGCAGCCAGUUUGUGCUGGGAACCAUGAGGGAAUGUCAGGAAGAUGUGCCAGGGGAGGUUCAGGUUGGACAUGAGGAAAAGGUUCUUCACCCAGAGGGUGCUGGACACUGGAACAGGCUCCCCAGGGAGGUGUCACGGCCCCAAGCCUGACAGUGUUCAAGAAGAGACUGGACAACGUCCUCAGACACACGGUGUGAACUGUGGGGUUGUCCUGUGCAGGGACAGGAGUUGGACUCCGUGAUCCUUGUGGGUCCUUCCAGCUCAGGACAUUCUGUGGUUCAGGUAGGAGCUUGGCGAGUGUGGCUUUCUGAUCACAGCCUGUCCCCACGCUGCUACACCGGGACAGGACGGACACCAGUGCCUUUGGGAAGAAGCAGAACUGCAGGAAGAGCCCAGUACGUCUCUAUAAAACCCAAGCAGGUGCCUAAAAUUAGGCAGAGCUGGAUGCCUUCUCCUCCACCUCUGAUGGGACCAGCCCUGGGUGCAGGGACGGGGACAUCACCUGAGGCGAGGCCACCUCAGACCAGGAGAGCAGAGCUCUGGCAGCUGGAAACAGAUUUAUUCCCCCAGUCUACUUGAUAUUGUAGGAGAAACCGGGCCAGUUGAAAGCAGAGUUGGGCUACAGCCUCUUCAACCAGCUCUACCCAGCUGGGAAACCCAGGCAGCGAGUGAGCAUGGAGUCCCUGGAAGCUCAUUAAUUAAUCAUCUUGUUUGGUUGAGGGAAAUUAAUUGCACCAUCCCACCUCCCCCUUCCCCGCUGUGUUAAACCAUUUCCACCCAGCUCAGCAAAGGGUUAAAUAAGCAGUGGCUGCUGGAGGGGGGGGCUUGUUUGGGUCACUGUGGUGGUGACCAGGUCACUGUUGGGAAUGGGGGGGUAACAUCAUCUCCUUUUUUCAUGGGGGAAUGGAGGAUUUUAUUCUGUGAAUAGGACCAAAUCCGUCAGUCUGAAUAAUAUGGGAUGGGUGGAAAAAAAAUAGAAGAAAAAAGAAAUAAUCAGUGUUGGCUGGGAGGGUUUUGUCAGAAGAGGGUGACCAAGUGUGUUCACCAAAGCUAAAACAAAAAUACAAUAGCACAUUUUUAAGCUGUUUUCUCCUCUUUCCUUGAAUCCGUUUGGUUUUAUUUUCUCAGCCCUUUGGUGGGGGGUGUUUUCCUUCAUUCCAAAGCCUUGAGAGCAAAACGGGGCUCCCAGCUGCCCCAAAACACCCAAAUCCUCCCAUGGAUGGAUGCGGCUCGUGUGUGUACAUAUGUGUGUAUGAUGUAUAUGUGUGUAUGUAUGUGUGUGUGUACAUACGUAUGUGCCACUCGCUCCUCAGGUGCCUUUGCCUUUUUAUUUUGUUAAAACCCUCGCAGUGUCCUGAUGUACAGAAUGAAACUACGAGAAUGUAAAGUUAUCCCCUGUAAA